CUUCCGAAAUCUGGCAGGCGUUAGUCAUCCGCCGCUCAGCACGAACCCACAAGUGUGCUUGUGUGGCUCUGCGGGCUUCCUCCCGGCGCCCCGCCCUCGGGCUCACACUGCCCCCCGCGAGCGAGCGGAGCGGUCUGCGCACCCUGGCCUGGGGUGUCCUGGGGUCCCCCGGGCGCUCAGUAUCCCCGCCUGCAGAAGAUCGCCCCGUGGCUCCGGGCGGGUGUCUGGCGCCGGGAAGAAAGUUGUAAAGCGCCGCGAGGAGUUGGGCGGUCCGAGGAAGGGAGGCGGAAGGGGAGGACUCGGCUGAGUUCCCGCGGCGAUCGUGGGGUCCCCCGGAGUCUGUCCCCAGCUCACCACCGCAGCUAGACGUCAGCUUUCCGGCCCCGGGUAGGCGCUAAAGACUAGACCCGAGCCCGGGAGGAACUUAUCCAGAGAGCUGUCGCCUCCGGCCUUAUUGUCUGCAGCUACUCUCCCGAAUCCGGAGAGGGAGGACUGGACCGCGCUCCCACUGGGAUUUGUCCAGAGUUCCGGAGGCAGCUGUGCGGGCCGCAGAGACUCCCUUUGUCCUCCCAGGACCUCCCUCUCUCCCUUCUCGGUGGCAGCUGUCGGGUGGCGCUGAGCCUGGAGCUAGCGUCCCAGUCCCUUUCAGCCUCUGACCCCAGAGUGAGUCCUUGGUGACUCCGCCUCUUCGCAUCUCAGCUCUGCGGACCCGAGAGCCCCGAGGCCGGAGACAGGAGCCCAAGGGGCUGUGAGCCAGUGGGAGCUGCCGGGCCCCGGCCCCAGGAUGGUGACGGGUCGGUCCCGGGCGCGCAGCCCUGGGAGCUGGCUGUUCCCUGGCCUGUGGCUGCUGGCUGUGGGCGGUCCGGGGUCGUUGCUGCACGCCCAGGAGCAGCCCUCUUGCAAAAAAGCCUUCGAUCUGUACUUCGUCCUGGACAAGUCCGGGAGUGUUGCAAAUAACUGGAUUGAGAUUUAUAACUUUGUCCAGCAGCUUACAGAAAGGUUUGUGAGCCCUGAAAUGAGAUUGUCCUUCAUUGUGUUUUCUUCUCAAGCAACCAUUAUUUUGCCAUUAACUGGAGACAGAUACAAGAUUAGUAAAGGACUGGAGGAUUUAAAAGCUGUUAAGCCAGUUGGGGAGACAUAUAUCCAUGAAGGACUAAAGCUUGCCAAUGAACAAAUUCAAAAUGCAGGAGGCUUGAAAACCUCCAGUAUCAUAAUUGCCUUGACAGAUGGUAAGCUGGAUGGCUUGGUACCAUCGUAUGCAGAGAAUGAGGCAAAGAAGUCCAGGUCACUUGGCGCUAGUGUUUAUUGUGUUGGGGUCCUUGAUUUUGAGCAAGCUCAGCUGGAAAGAAUUGCUGACUCCAAGGACCAAGUUUUCCCUGUUAAAGGUGGAUUUCAAGCUCUUAAAGGGAUCAUCAAUUCUAUACUAGCUCAAUCAUGUACUGAAAUCCUGGAAAUGAGUCCUUCAAGUGUCUGUGUUGGGGAGGAGUUUCAAGUUGUUCUGAGUGGAAGAGCAGUCACAUCCAGCAGUCAUGACGGCAAUGUCCUCUGCACGUUCACCGUGAACAGCACCUACUCAAAGAGUGAAAAACCGGUACUUGUUCAGUACAAUUCCAUACUUUGUCCCGCGCCUGUCCUGCACAAGGCUGGAGAAACUCUUGAAGUUUCGAUCAGCUUUAAUGAUGGGAAGUCUGCCAUCUCAAGAUCCUUAACAGUCACAGCUACAGAAUGUUCUAAUGGGAUCGCAGCCAUCAUAGUGAUUUUGGUGUUGUUGCUGCUCUUGGGUAUCGCCUUGAUGUGGUGGUUUUGGCCCCUUUGCUGUAAAGUGGUUAUCAAGGAUCCUCCCCCACCACCUUCUGCACCAAAGGAAGAAGAGGAAGAAGAGCCUUUGCCCAACAAGAAAUGGCCGACUGUGGACGCUUCCUAUUAUGGUGGUCGAGGAGUUGGAGGGAUUAAAAGAAUGGAGGUCCGCUGGGGUGAUAAAGGAUCGACUGAGGAAGGUGCAAGGUUAGAGAAAGCCAAAAAUGCCGUGGUGAUGAUCCCUGAAGAAGAGAUACCCGUCCCACCAAGACCGCCUCGACCCAAAUCCACACACCAGGCCCCUCAGACAAAAUGGUACACGCCAAUUAAGGGUCGUCUGGAUGCACUCUGGGCUUUGAUCUUGAAGCAAUAUGACCGAGUGUCCUUGAUGAGACCCCAGGAAGGAGAUGAGGGCCGGUGCAUAAACUUCUCCCGAGUUCCACAUCAAUAAAAUGAGAGCCAAAGAAUGAAAAGAGAAGAAAGCGUCCCGUCUCCAUGAUGCUGAUCUCCCAUCGAGUGGACAGUCCGUCCAGCGCAUCUCAGAAGUUCUUGGAACAACAGCCCAGUUCCUCUGUCAGGAAAUGUUUUCUCUGCCUUCUGCUUUCUGUGCGCCAAACAUUUUCAAACACUUCCUCUGCCAUCCACAUGAGAGGUGAUGAAACUCGGAGAUAACUCAUGAUUCAUGACACUGAAAAUACCGAGGGAUGUUAAUUUGCAUGCUCCGGUUUAUGCAAAGCUCAUUUGAAUGUGUGAGAGGACAAAGCAGAACACAGCGAUGAUGUAAAGAUGAGACCAGAGCAAAGACUGAAAAUCCACCAGCCACACGGCGGCUUCGUAAUGGCGACUGGUGCUUUUGACAUAGAUGCAAGGCGCGUGUGCGCGCUUUGUUUGGCAAGAUCUUUAGCUACCGGCAGAACUUGAAAUUUCCUACCAGGCUAACCAGAUAAUGGAGUCCACUGCCUUGUAGCUAUGUCAGAUAGCAAAAGCCUUCUAAGUCCUCUAUUAUUUUGUGCCUUACGGGAAAUUUCUGACUAGAAAAUCUUGUCACUGUUACACUGAAAGUGCACACGCAUGACAAAACGUAGUCGAGAAGCCUCAAGGUACUGGAUGCAAGCAGGAUUUUGCCCUUUCGUUUUCCAAGACACCUUUCUUUUAUUAUGCACUCGGGACAAGGGAAUUAAUAGAGCGUUAAUUCAACAGGAAGACCGCCUCCAACCAAAGAUCAGGAGUGUAGCAUGAGGACUCCUGAUUUGAGACCUUGUCCCCAGACUGGUAGUGUUCCCUUUCUCAGUGUUUAGGAUUUAGCAGUGCAUAAAGCAUUAAUAUCUGUAAACACACCUAAGUGUUUGUUUGGCUUUUAAUUUAAGGAAGCAGUAACCACCAAGCUUCCGCUCAGGGUUUUUUUUCUUCCUUCAAGUCUCCAAGGGCUCUUCAGCGUCACAAGCCAGCAACUCUCUUUGCAUGAAAAUUUCAAAGUUUAAUUAAUAUAAUUAAAGGCAACAGCAAGCAGCAGCCUGUGAAGACUUUGCUCAUCUUUUUUAUGCCUUUUGACAUUGAAUGACCUAUCACUGUCUGCAUGUGACUUGGACAUUGAGAAGCACCGCAAAACGUUCUUUUCUUCAGUUGAUAGAUUAAAAUCAGGAGGGGCGCCAUCGGAAAGCAUCGACAAUCUACGUACUGUAAAUUUUUAGAACUAUCAUCAUCGUGUCACAUCAACGGUGCCAAAUUAUGUUAGCGUGAGCAGAAACACGGUGGGGGAGGAAGGCAGCCGCAGCUGAAGGAAAUAGCUCAGAUGAUCUAGUCACUUUCGAUACUGUACUUCAGAGGCGAAAUGGAUAUUCGACUGGAAACCUGACAAAGCGCGCCUGCUUUGAUGUGAACUGGUAUAGACAAUGACCAGUGGCCGGGUCAGUGGGAUGUCUCUCUGCGAGCACAAAGGCUUAUCAAAUGACACUAAAAAUAAGUUCAACAACCAUCAUGUUGGAAGGGAGAAGGCGAACGUUUCAUGUUUGGCGGGCAUGUGAGUGCACAAGAUGGAAAAAGCGAUCUGGAGCAUCCUGGUGUGAUUACCCACAUUGUACUCUUUAUGGAAAUUUCCAAGGGCUGCAGUGAUACUUUUGGUUGAUGUCCAGGUUUAUGGCACUGCUCCAAGAAGCCUUACGUGCGCACGCGUGCACACACACACACACACAUACACACACAGAUAUACAAAUGCACACAUAUAUUCUCUAGCUUGAAUCUUUUUGCUCAAGUUUAUUUAUGUCACUGACUGGCUGGAUCCAAAGUCACACCUCCACAUAUUAAUGAAUAAAUUUUUUUACCUGAGUCUUUGUUAUCAUUUUCUUUAAGCCCUCAUAGAACCUAUACUCUCUUGGGUUGAAUACAUAACUCCGCUGGUUAGCAACAAGAUAGAAUUCUAUUCAAUUGCAAAAUGUCCAAUAUGUUCACAGUUGAUUCACAGUUGAAGCUAUGGGUACAAUGUGUGUGUGCACAUGCAAUGUAGAAGGCUGAUACGUCUACCCAACUCUCUCUGUAGUGAAACAUUGUACACAUCUGUUUUGUGUCUACCUCUAGAGCAAGACCCAUGGCUACUUUCUCCAAUAGGCACUUAUUUUGUAGCACAGGCAGGCCCAUCAGGGGUAUUUUAAGAGCAACAAAAAUACUACAGAAGCUCUGGCUAUGUUUCUUUGGUAACCACUUUACAUUUUUACAGAAUCAUGUAGCAUAUUUGCACCACGAGAAAUGUAAAUAAACCUCUGCCUUUAAAUGGCAAAAUAGCUUUCUUGAGAUUUGUUGCACUGGCUGGAGAUGUGUAAUAAAAAUACAACAAAGAGCUGAAAAUGAAGAGGGUGAGUCAGGCGUCUACACAUAGGCUGAAAAAGUAUCAUUCAUAAGGUUCAAAGACAGAUGGAAUUUCAUUGCCCUUAAAGUGAUGAACCAGAGUAGCGCUAUGCUUUAAUUGUGACUCUAACCAGAAAUGAGAAGAAUUUGUUUUUAAAAUUAAUCUUCUUGGCAAAGGACAUUGAAAAUCUCUACGUGACACUUUUCCUACAUGGCAAUAGAUCCCGUGUGAUUCAUCUGGACACGAUGUCAGUCUAGAUCUCCUUCUUUGUACAAACAAAUGAGUCUUGUCCAUCAUCCAUUUGUGUUGCAUAAGGUUGCAAAAGCAAUUAAGUGGGAAAUGACUCCUAACUUAUGUGUCUCCUCUGCCGAGAAAGAAAGUUUUGAAGGCAUCUAUAUAUAUUUCAUAACAAUGUCUGUUCUUUAUGGAUUUGAUCCAUAAAUAUUUAUCUAUCUGAAAACUUUGAUACUUGGAAUGUUUUCCAUAAAGCAUUUGGUGCUCCAAGAAGAAACAUUUGGUGCUAAGAGUUGCAGUGCUGAUGCCUUCCCCCAAGUUAAUUCUAUUUUAAAAAUUUAUAUUUCCUUCCCAAUGAGAUGCAGAGUAAAACUUGAGAGUCUCCAUUGACUAAGGAGCAGCAGCUGUCAUCUGCGGUUAAUCACUAUUUUGUUAAGAAUGUAUAAGGUUUAAAACCUUAUAUUUCAAAUUGGUGAAAAGUUCUGCUUAUAUUUCCAGUGAACUUUACUCUUAUUAUUUAAAUAACAAAUUAUUCAUUAUUUCUUAAAUCCUUGUUGGAUAUCUACUCUCUCCACAAACUGAGCUUCAUUAUCUGAGUGUCGCUCUCCUGUAUUUACUGUUCAGAGGUAGACUUGUCUUUCUUUUAAAAUUGAAACACACUCUGUAUCAUGGUGAGCAAGUUAAUGGAGACAUUUCUGAUGGAUUGGCUUAUUAGAUGUGAAGUUUAAACUUCCGAAGACAAAACACAGUGAGGUAUAGUUACAAGUAUUAGAAAGCAUUGCAAUUUCUUCCUUUGCAUAUUCUGAUGCACUUUUAUUCAUUCCUAUCACAUUAGUAAAUUUAUUACAAUUUAAUAAUUAUUCCUAAAGUGGUGGUAGGUAUGUAUAUACACACAGUGAAGAUGUAUACAUCACACACACACACACAAUGCAUAGGGUAUUUAGUGCAUCUGUUGUAUAGUUAAAGAAAGUACUAGGCAGGCGAAGCUGGAGAAUGUUGUCUGUAGUCAGUGUAGCUGCAGUCAAGUCUCAUUAGAUUAAUGUUAUGUCUAGUCAAUUUCUAUGGCAUAUUCUGAGAACACUUUAAUUUUAGUAUAUUUCUAUAUUUACUUGAAUUUUAUUCAGUCAAUUGGGUAAAAGAAGGAAUAAAUGUAUUGAAAACACAUAAUGUAGCAAGCCUCGUGCUGUUUCGUAAAAUACGUCUUGUACCCCUGCCAGAAGAAAAUUCUAAUAUGAAAAUACACAGGAUAGCAUAUACAUUUAUAUAUAAAUGUUCUUGUCUAGGUUGCUUUACUUAUUAGUCUGCUCAGGAAGUAGGUGAGGGACGUCCUGCCUGGCAACCUAUCCUAACCAGCUGACUGGUUGGCUUGAGAAGCCAACUGUUCAACCACAGACUGAAGAUAAACUGAAACAUCAAGAGCUCCUCCCAGUUCUGAUGUUUGCAUGAAAGUGGUGAAACCAGAGGCUUUAGUAUUUUUCUCAAAUUUGUAAUGAUUGUCUUCUUCCUUGUAAAGUUUGGCAGUAUUAGAUCCACAAACUGCCAAUUUAGUUACAGAAAAGACACUGAACUCUAACGUGUAAUUUGAUAAUUAAGUCGUAAUGGAGUAAUUUCUCAGUUAACUUUUUUCACAGUAGAAUGUGUCAGAGCAACUGGUGGUGUCAUUAGUGUAUGACAAACCUCUGAGAAGAUGAGAAAGAUAUUGGUAAAUGUACGAAUACAGUGAAUUCUGACCGUACAGUCUCACCAAAUAUCUCAAAUGUGCAUAUAAAGAGUAAAAAAUUCCCCAAACAAACCAAAAACCCAACCUUUUCUGCAGCAGUUAUGAGAUAGUUUAU